AUGGCGUUCUUUUCUGCCUACGGUCCUCCCGACCAAAUGGAAAAUGACAACUUGGGGGUGGAUUGGGUUAUCCACUACAAUUUUGAGGAUCUUGAAAUCUACCAAGCUGUCGAAGAAUUCCGAGCUCUCAUCAACGAUCUUGAAGAAGCCCAUCUUCAGACACAGGUCCGUCAUGGCCAUGGGUCCUCGCUUCUGGUCUGCAUUCGUGUACCCCGCGACCACUUAGGGAAAAUGAUCCACCAAUCUCGCGUCAAAGAUUGGUUAUACGGCAUCGCCCACGAGCUUCCCGUCGGUGACGACCAUACAGUUGCGGACGCCGAGACCCCCGCCGAAGAGCUCCGAUCGGUCUACCACGCCGUUACUUGGCAAAAGUCCUUAGGAGGUGCUGGAAUCACCGCGCAACAUGGUCCAUGGAAACACGUUAGUUCAGCGUUUCCGUUGCAUGAUCCGGCCGCCAAUGCAGAACUCCUCCGGAAAUGGAGUCGGUCUAUACUAUUAACAGCAGAAGACCUAGACGCCAUUCGAGCGUUAUUUGGAGAAAAGGUCGCAUUUUAUUAUGCCUUUAUCCAUUGCUAUUCCUCCUUCUUGGUUUUCCCCGCUGUUUGGGGCGUCUUUUGUUGGCUUUAUCUAGGUCCCUAUUCCGUCACCUGUGCCAUAGUUAAUUGCUUCUGGUGCAUUGUAUUUGUCGAGUACUGGAAGAUUCGGGAGACUGAGCUUAGUUUGCGAUGGAAUGUCAAGGGUGUUGGUGCUCUGAAAGUCACCCGCGCUCAAUACGUUUGGGAUCGUGAGAUCCAUGAUCCCAUCACCGGGGAGACCGUCCGCACGUUCUCGGCACAAAAGCAGCUUCUUCGUCAGAUGUUGUUAAUCCCAUUUGCCACGAUCGCCUCUCUGGCUCUCGGCACGUUGAUAGUAGCCACGUUCGGCAUGGAGGUCUUCAUCUCCGAGGUUUACAACGGUCCCUUCAAGAGCUAUCUAGAAUUCCUCCCUACCGUGCUUUUCUCCUUGUCCCUGCCCUCGAUCACCAACAUCCUUACUCGUAUGGCUACCCGGCUCACCAAGUACGAGAACUACCGCACCCAGGACCAAUAUGACAUAGCGCAAACGUCCAAGACUUUCGUGAUGCACUUUAUCACGGCCUUCCUGCCCACUAUCCUCACAGCCUUUGUAUAUGUCCCGUUUGGGGCCUGCAUCCUGCCUUAUCUGGAUGUCUUCCAUGUCCGCGACGACUCCAAUACCAUUAACACCGCCAAGGUGCAUAUUGAUCCCGCCCGCCUGCAACAAGAGGUGAUCUACCUCUCCAUCACGGCACAGGUCGUCAACUUCGGAGAGGAGGUGGUUUUCCCUUAUGUGAAACGUGUCUUGUGGCAGAAAUGGCGCGACUACCGGGAAAAGCGAGAGACGGCGAACCACACGCGGCGCUAUUCGCGCCAGACCGACCGACUUCUUGCUGAUUCUCCUACCGAGGCCACCUUCCUCGCGCGGGUCCGGAAUGAGGCCGAGGCGGAUGAGUACGAUGUCCAGGAAGACAUUCUUGAGAUGUGCAUACAAUACGGAUAUCUGGCACUGUUUGGGGUGUCUUGGCCGUUGGUUCCGCUAGGAUUCCUAGCAAAUAACUGGCUAGAGCUGCGCGGUGAUUUCUUCAAGCUGAGUCUCGAGUGUCAGCGACCGCCACCCAUCCGCGCAGAUUCGAUCGGGCCCUCGUUGCAAGGGAUGGAGCUCCUCACCUGGCUGGGGACUUUGUCCACUGCCGCCAUUGUGUACCUGUACCGAGACGGACUAGAAGUGGUGAACACCACUUGCCUUUUGUUGUCUCUCCUGGUGGCGGAAUGGGCCUACCUCGUAGUACGAUUCGCGGUGCGCAUGGGUCUGAAGAAGCUGUCGAUUGGAAUGCAGCGGCGGGAAUCGGCUAAGCGGUACGCAGUACGCAAGGCGUACUUGGAUACCUUCUCGAUGGCGUCAUCCCCCCGGGCUAAGACUCGGGUGCGGUUCCUGGACCGAGUGAGCGUGUACAGCACGGCGACAGAUUUGCAGACGGGGCGGGAAGAGGAACUCCAAGAUGACAAGAGUGGGAGCCCGGUGGCCCAGGCAUUCUGGUCCUGGCCUAAACUGGAGGAGACGGCGGACGCAGGCGUUCGGCUGAUCAAGGCCCUGAGUAUGGAGGAGACGAAGACAGUGAAAGUUGGCAAGGGAGCAUAG